GAUCCGACGGUUUACUGGAAAAUCAGGAUUUGUAUCUUGUUUUGUGUGGGUACAUAAUAUGUACAUGUGUACGUAUACAUUUGCAAAACUUGCGAACUUGAGAUCACAAGAAACAUCGUCUGUUUGUCAUUUUGAUCAUUAGAGAAAGCAUCCUGAUCAAGUGCAAACAUUGAAACCCACGACGAAGAUGUCAAUCAUAAAUCCAGCAGUGUUUCAUCAAUACGAGAGACUGCAUAACCACAGGAAAAAGCCCAAGGAUGGAAAAUAUACCAACAAUUUGUCAAUUCUCAUGAAUCAGCUCGUUUUCGUGACGUUAUGCUCCAGGAAUUUCCUCGAGGAAGAAGAACGAGCAACAAGUGUGAUCUAUGGUUUAUUAUUUUGCCACCUUGUAACAUAUUGUGUCACAUACGUUAAGGAAAUUGUGCAGCGAAAAGACUGGGAUAUGAGCGUUCGCAUUGCUCCCAACAGCAACGUCAAACACUUGGCGUUGACAUCAAUAAACGUCGGGCUCGAAUGGACCAAAGCGGUCACAUUUGUUGUGACUGUGGUUUGCUUCUUUUUAAUUUUGGGGGCUGAACAUGGAUUCAGAUUAGAAAAUCAGCCCACGCUGAAAUACCUUUGUCUCACUUUGACGUACUACACGUUGACGGAACCACGAAUUCAAGGGAUGAUUCCAAACCUGAUGACUUACUUGCCCAGCCUCAUGGAGAAAAUCCAGGGGUUGGAAACUUUAUACUCAGCCAUUAUUUUGAGGGGGUCGACAAUAUUUCUUAGCGUGUGCGUUCUUAUCCCACUCCUUCCGCAAUUUAAGUUAGUCACUUUGACCCUUUUCACGAACGUGUAUCGGCCAUGGAGAGGGUUGAAACAGAUGCUGGAAACCCUAAAGACUGAGUUAGAUAGCAUCAAGGAAUUUCGAGAGGCUUCCCCGAGAGAAAUUGAAGACUAUGAAGACGUCUGUACUAUCUGUCUUGCACCCAUGAUAACGGCCAAGGUGACUCCCUGUCAGCAUUUCUUUCACCCAAAUUGCUUGAGACUCUGUUUGAAGACUGGUGAAAGUUGUCCAGUGUGCAAGAGGAAUGUUUACAGAGUCUAAAGAAUCAACCUCAAACCCAUGACAGUUUGAAAUAUGUAACUUAUGCAAAAGUGAAGAUAGAAAUAAAACAGGGAGCUGAUGAACUACCCUCGUGCAAGGUAACGACAA